GUAUUAUAUCAAUACGUAGUAUCGUGUGUUUAUGUUGUAUCGGGACUGCUAUAUUGAGUUAAGUUGGGUUGAUUGUGCUUUGAUUUGACAUGAAAUCAAACAUGCUUUGAGUCAAAUUGUUGCUAAAAAUUAAUUACGUAAUCAAAAGGUUUGACUUUGUGACACAAUUGUCACAUUUCUGUAAUCACAAAUAUUAAGUUGCUGGUUGCUUAAUUAUGAAAUGGAGAACAAAAGGUUUCGUUUUUAUCCAAAAGGCAUUGAGUUUUAUGGCACCCUACGAUUUUUAGAGGUGCACAGAGAAUCGAGACACGCCACCGAACUCCGCGCAAAUCUCCGCACCGCCUUCAAAUUAAGCUCCAACCCUCUUUAAUCUAAAUGGAGACGCUCAACACCACCGCACCGAUCGACGUCGCCAUGACGACGACAGCGCCACCUAGCGACGUGCUCCCCUGGCAGGCGGUGACGCUGUGGAUCUACACGGUCGCCAUGUUUGCGGCGUUCGUCGUCGGCGUGCCGGCGAACAGCGCCAACAUCGCCGUGCUGUGGCUGAGCCGACGCAUGCGCCAGCCGUCGUUCACCUACAUCCGCUGGAUGGCCGUCGUGGAUCUGCUCGUCAACGUCAUCGCGUUUACGGGUUACGGUCUAGUGCGCUCGCGGCUCGUGGGUCAGAGCUACGCGGCGCUCUGGUACUACUCGCACCUGUUCUUCUUCACCUUCCGCCUGUUCGUCUGCGCGAGCAACUUCAUCCUGCUCGCGCUCACCGUCGACCGCUACCUGCGCGUCUGCCAUCCGCUGCGAUUCGCGCGCCCCCUAUCGGCGCGCGCCACCAGCGCCACGCUGGUCGCCAUCUUUGCGUCUUGCUUCGUGCUGUCGCUGCCGCACGCCUACGAGACGACGGUGACGCCGUACGUCGACGCGGCGACCAACGAGACGCUGUACACGUGGAGCUGGAACGAGGAGGUGCGAGACGAAGUGUUCUAUCCGCAUGUCUAUCCGAUAUUCAAGGAGAUCGUCACCAGGUUCGUGCCGAUCGCCGUCGUCGUCGUGCUCAACGUUCUCAUCAUCAGGUCUCACAGGGCGUUUCUAAAGAAGCGCGAAGGACUGUCACCGCGCACGCGCGCAGAAAAGAAGACGAUGAGAGAGCAGACGCGCCUGCUGGUACUGCUCGCGUCCGCCUCGGCCGUGUUUCUCGUCUGCACGCUACCGCAGGCGUUCGUCACGAUCCUGCUGCGCGCCGACAGCGCCAUCUAUGGGCGCCGACGCUUCUACGUAUUCGUACACGUCGCCAAUCUGAUCGAGGUGCUCAACUUCAUCGCCAACCUGUUCGUGUACAGCAUCGCCAGCUCCGACUUCCGCAAGAGCUUCCGGGAAGUGUUCCGCUGCUGCUUCCGGUUGCGGCGAUCGGGUUCCUCUACGUCCACGCAGUAUUCGGGGGAUACGUUGGGAAGAAAGGAGGAUUCGACGAGCAAGUCCAGCGUAGAGGCGAAGAGAAAGAUGAGCACCGAUUCGGCGUUGUAGUAUAUAUAGGGGGUUCGAGGAUGAUUUUAUUAUUGAAAUAGUUUGUUAGUUGUUCGAACAUUCGUUUGUUCGUUCGUUUGUUGAAUCGAGUGUUCGUCCGACUGCCCAAUCUCUUCUUUUGUGCUCUUUCGCGCACUCGUUCAUUCGUUCGUUCGGUCGGUUGGUCGGUUUGUCGGUCGUUUGUUGUAUCGUUCGUUCUUUCGUUCGUUCAUUCGUUCGUUUGUUAAAUCUAUCGUUCAUUCAUUUAAGCGUUCGUUCGAUCAGUAUCACAGAUGAUUCCUUACAUGAUUGAAUAUAUGUGUAAAUAUGUAAGGUAUGUAAAAAUCCCAAAUCAAGUGGUAAUCCUGGCGAAUACAUAUAGCUAUAUUUUAAUGUUAAUAAAAUGUAAGAUAUUCCAAUUAAA